AUGGGUGAUCGUGCUCGAUCGCUCAUAGCGCGACAAUGGCGACCCCAAUGGAUCUGCCACAGCUGCCAGCAGCGUCAACCUCAAUACCGACCGCUGGCAACGUCAAGCUUGACACCGGCUGAACAGAACAAGCCAUACUAUGUCACCACGCCCAUCUUUUACGUCAAUGCGGCGCCUCAUGUCGGCCACAUGUAUACCAUGAUCCUCACGGAUGUCCUCAAGCGAUGGCAGCAAAUGAAGAACCGCAAAGCCAUCCUCCUCACCGGCACAGACGAGCACGGGAUGAAAGUCCAACGGGCAGCCGCGAAAGCGGGCGUGGAGCCGCAAGAGUUCUGCGACAAAGGCGCGGAAGUGUUCAAGGAGCUAGCAGGGAGCAUUGAUAUCAGCAAUGACAUCUUCAUGCGGACUUCGGACAAGAAGCACAAGGAGGCUGUUGAAUAUGCGUGGCAGAUGCUGGAGCAGAGGGGAUACAUCUACGAGAGCAAGCAUGAGGGGUGGUAUAGCGUGUCGGAUGAAACAUUCUACCCGCAAGGCCAGGUGCAGCUGAUUGUUGACCCGCCUACGGGGAGGAAGAUUAUGGCAAGCAUCGAGACAGGCAAGGAGGUGGAGUGGACGAGCGAGAGGAAUUAUCACUUCCGGCUGAGCGCAUUUCGAGAAGACCUACUGGAGUUCUACAAGCAGAAUCCAAAGUUCAUCGUACCACAGACGAGGAUGAAUGAGAUCGUGCGGCAGGUCAGCGACGGGCUUGAGGAUCUGUCGAUUUCACGGCCCGUUGAGCGUCUUACCUGGGGCGUGCGAGUGCCUACGGACCCAUCUCAGACGAUGUACGUGUGGUUGGAUGCGUUAUUGAACUACGCCACGGGCGUCGGCUACCCAUUCACACCAGGAUCAGAGGCGGCCAGCGGUUGGCCCGCCGAUGUACACGUUGUCGGCAAGGACAUCAUUCGCUUCCACUGCAUCUACUGGCCGGCCUUCCUCAUGGCGCUCGACCUGCCUUUGCCCAAGCAGGUCCUCACCACCGCGCAUUGGACGCUAGGUAAGCAGAAGAUGUCCAAGAGCGUCGGCAAUGUCGUCAACCCAAUCUUCGCCCUCGAGCGCUUUGGAACCGACGUCAUGCGAUGGUACCUUGUCCACGACGGCGGCAUAACCGACGACGCUGACUACGACAAUAUCCACAUUGUCGAGAAAUAUAAGAAAGGCUUGCAGGGCGGUAUUGGCAACCUCACCAGCCGAGUCCUAAAAGGCAGGGGCUGGAACCUCCGUCGCGCAGUGGAGUCUUUCGCGCGGCCACACCUGGAUCCGGCCCAUUUCCUCAAUGAGACUGAUACACUCGGCCGCGACACCUACAAUCAUCUCCAAGUUCUUCCCACUGAAGCCAACAACCUCAUGGACGACCUUCUACCGAAUAAAGCCCUCCAGCGCAUCAUGGACUCCAUCUACACCGCAAACGCCUACGUCCAGCAUGCCGCGCCUUGGUCGUUGGUCAAGAUGCGGCAAGCCGAGGAGCAGAGUCUCUCUGCGAACAAGAAGAGGAUCGAACAGCUGGACCGAGAUGCCCACCGUAUCGUCUUCGUGACUGGAGAAACGCUGAGGAUGGUAGGCAUCAUGCUGCAGCCGUUCAUGCCGGUCAAGGCGAAGGAGUUGCUAGAUAUGCUUGGGGUGGUGGAGGAGAGGAGGAAUUGGGAGUGGUGUGCUGUCGGGAAGGAUGAUGGGUAUGGGGUCUCGAUGAAGGAUCUGGGGAAGAGGGGAGAUGGGCAGCUGUUUCCGAUGUUGAUUAAUCAGUGGUGA